GUCCCCAACAAAUAGAAUUAAAUUAUGAGUUGCACAAGUAAUUUACGAGGUUUUAGCGUAGAUAAGGAGAAGGAAACGACUCGUCAACAAGGAAGGGACGGUGAACACGAAGUGGGCACUCUCCUCUGUGGUCUCAGCUUUACAUUCCCAUUCAAAGCCCAAUAUUUGUAGCACAAGGUGCAGGAACCUCUGUAUUAGCAAAUAUGUCGACCAAUGUGGAAGAUGGAACAGUGAAAUCUAAGAAAACUGCAGUCAAAGUUGGCGGUGAAUUUGGUGGAAUUGCUGGAAUUGUCGUGGUUGGAGGAGUUGUUGCAGUUGGAAUUGCAGCUGGAGCAAUUGCUUUACUCAGGAAACGCCAUACCAAUAGCAACAGAAAUCGACUUGACAAAGAUGAGAAUCGCGAGAUUUCCAGUCAAAAAUCUGGUGAAAUUUGCUCACACCCAAAUCCAAAUGAGCAUUUUGGACGAGAGGAGGUCGAGUUGGCAGAACCCAGUUCAGAAAAUGUUGAAGAAACAGAGCCAAUUGUGGAGAUUGUUGAGAGUUUGAGCGACUUGGAUAUCUCUCCUGAUUGGAAGGACAUGAAUAAAUCCAAGGAGGAAGAGUCCCCUCGAUCACAUUUUUCCAGAAAAACUAGCAUUACAAGUACGUCCUCAGAUUCUGAGGACUUUUCAGAGAUUUCUAGGAAUAAUUCCAUAAGGGAUUCAGAGAUUGAUUCUUCACAGAUGAAUUUGAAAGAAGGUCGUUUUUAUUUUAUCCCCAUAGAAGAGACCGCUGGUAAGGAAGCUUCUUCUCACUUCAGAGAAUGUGUUCCUGAUAAUGAGGAUAAUGAGGUACACAUUAGCAGCGUAAACCAGUCGAUGGACCCAAAAAUUGAGUAUGAAGAGUCGGUUGAUUCUUGUGAUGGGUUACAAGAAGAAUGUGAAGAGGUUGGUAGUUUUGUAGAAUUAGGUGGGUCUGUAGCAGAGCAUGUUGGUGAGCAGAAACUAGCUGUUUUUGGCGGUGGGGAAGGGAUUAAGGAAUCCGGCCAAUGUAUUUUGGAUUGUAAGCAAACAGAUGGUACAGGGAUGGGUAGAGUAAUGGAUAAUGGGAACAGUGAGCACAAUAGGGUUGGUUUGGAGGAAGAUGGUGGUUCUUUGUGUGUUGAACAAGUUCAUAUACCCCUCAAGGGCGUUAAUACAAAUGUUUCUGAAGAUUUACAGAGAAUAGAUGUUGCUUACGAAGAGAUAGGUAGCAUGCGGAAUUAUGGAUCUCUGAAGGAAGAUAUGUGUUUAGAAGAAAAAGAGAGCCAGCUCCAGAAUUUUGAUUCAAAACAAGACAUUGCUCUGUUCAAGGAGGAGCAGCUGGAAGUGAAUAUUCGUUCAAGUGAAGUUCUGAAUUGUCACGAGGAUGUUAUUGAUUCGAAGAAGUCAGAAGACUACACAGGAGAUUUUGGUUGCUUUACAAAGGCUAAUUCGAGGAUUCUGAAAGAAUCUGAAGAAAAAUUAUGUCCUGUUGAAGAACUUGAAUGUUAUCAGAAUGGCACGAUUGGUGCAAAUGGAGAGCUGCUUCUGUGCAAUGAGCAAUGCCUGCAGAAGGAGAAAUUUGAUUCCAAUAUUGAGCAGUGCCUGCAAGAGAGGAUUAAUUCGGAGGAGGAACUGGAAGAUAGUAUGGUAGAUGAAAUUCAUAAUGACAAACAACGCCAAUAUGAGGUAGUUGAUUCUAGAGAUUUUGAAGAUCUAGAUCACAAGGGAAAUGCUAGUGAUCGUGAUGAAAAUGGUCAACAUGAAGAAUUAGAAGAACCGGAGGAAAUUUUUUGUCAUACUCCUAACAAAGAAGAAACUCAACCAGAACCUGUUACAUUUAAGGAUUUGGAAGGUGCAGAGCUUGAUGUUUAUGACCAUCAAGAUGGACCCAAGAAUGAUACAGUUGUUGCAAAUGAAGAGAUACUGCAGGAAGAGAAAUUUGAACUAAAUGUAGAGCAGUGUUCUCAAGAGAGGGCUGAUUCAGUGCAGUUAGAAGAUUUCAAGGAUAAUGUAGCUCAAAAUGGUGAACCAUACCAACGUGAGACAGUUGACUCUAGUCAUUUUGGAGGUUUAGAUUGUUUGGUAGAUGAAGUUAAAACAGGUGAACAAUGCCAACAUCAGACAAUUGAUUCUAGUGAUUUUGAGGAUCUAGAUUCCAAGGGAGGGGCCAGUCAUUCUGAUGAGAAUGGUCAACAUGGAGAAUUAGAGGAAGAAAAUAAUCAUUCUCCUAUCAAAGAAGAAAUCCAGAAAGAACCUGUUGCUUCUGAGGAAUUGGAAGGUACAGAGAUUUAUGUGCAUGACCAUCAAGAUGGACCCCGGAGUGACAUAGUCAGUGCAAACAAAGAGAUGCUUCUGUGCAAAGAACAAUGCCUGCAGGACGAGAAAUUUGAACUCGAUGUAGAGCAUUUUUCUCAAGAGAGAACUGAUUCAGAGGAGUCAGAUGAUUGCAAGGACAAUGUAGUUCAUAAAGGUGAACCAUACCAAUGUAGGAGAGAUGACUCUAGUAAUAUUGAAGAUUUAGAUUACAAGGGAGGUGUUUGUCAUCCAGAUGACAGUCAACAAGAGGAAUUAGAUGAUUUAAAGGAAAACUUAUAUCCAAUCAAAGAACAAAGCUCUAGUGAGACAAAUCAAUCUAUGGAAAUGGAAUGUGCAGAGGCUGAUAUGCAUGUUCAUCAAGAUGAACAGAAUGAAAUAAUAUUCAAUGAACAGAAUGAGAUAGUGUGCAGUGAACAGUUUGUACAGGAGGAGGAAUUUGAAUCCAAUGUAGAUCUGUGUCUGCAAGCGAGGCCAGAGUCAGAGGAGUUGAAAGAUAGCAAGGUAGAUAUAGCUCCUAAAGGUGAACAAUACAAUGAUGAGACAGUUGAUUCUAAGCAUUUGGGCACUACUAGCCACCAUGAUGAAAUAGACAGGCAUAGAGAAUCAGCAGAUUCAGAGGAAAAUUUAUGUGCUAUCGAAAAACAAUGCCAAAAUGAGACAGCUCAAUGUAAGGAACUCAAAUGUGCAGACGUUGAUUUGCAUGUUCAUCAAGAUGGACACAAAAAUGAGAUAGUUGUUGCAGAUGAAGAACUGCUUCUGUGCAAAGAACAAUGUAUACAGGUGGAGAAAUUUGAAUCCAAUAUAGAGCAGUGCCUGCAAGAAAGGACUGAUUCAGAGGUAGAGAUGGAAAAUUGUGUGGUAGUUUUAGCUAAUAAUGGUGAAAAGAGCCAAUAUGAAUCUGUCAAUUCUAGGGAUUUUGAAAGUUCAAACUACAAGGAAGGUGGUCAAAUCAAAGAGCAAAUCCAGCAAGAAACAGUCAAGGAAAUCGAAUGUACAGCAGAUAAUGCACACAUUCAUCAUGAUGGAGAGCAGAAUUCUGUAGUUAAUGCAAAUGAAAAGGUCCUUCCGUGCAAAGAACAGUGCCCACAAGAGGAGAAAUUAGAAUAUAGUGUAGAUAACUGCCUUCAAAAGAGGACUGAAAUGGAGGAGCUCAAAAAUUGCAAGAUAAAUGAAGUUCACAAUGGUCAACAAUACCAAUAUGAUUCAAUUGAUUCUAAGGAUUUUGAAAUUUUAGAUCACAAAGAAUGUGAAAAACAUAUUGACGAAAAUUGCCAAGACAAGGAAAUAGUAAAUUCAGGGCAACAUUUCUGUCCUAGCAAAGAACAAUUCCAGGAGGAGACAGUUAAAGAUGGACACCGGAAGCAAAUAGUUGCUGCAUACGAACAGGUACUUUUGAGUAAAGAACAAAGCCUAAGUGAGGAGACAUUUGAAUCCCAUCCAGAACAGUGGCAACAAGAUAUGGCUGGUUCAGAGGAGUUGGAAAAUUGCGAGGUAGAUGUAGCUCGUGAAGGUAAACAAUGCCAUUUGGAGGCAACUGAUUCUAGGGAAUUUGUAGCUUUAGGUGAAGGUGCAUCUCAUGAAAAUGAAUCAUGCCAAUAUAGGGUACACAAUUCAAAGGAUUUUGAAGGUUUUGAUGAAAGGGCAUCGCAUAAGAAUGGAUCAUGCCAAUAUGAAGCAGUUGGUCUGAGUGAAUUUGAAGAUUCAAAAGGUGGUGUACCUUUUGCAAAAGAACAAUCAGAGAGUGUAAGAGCAGAUUCAAAGGAAGAUACAGAUCAAGACAUUAGCUCAGAGAGCAAUUUACUUCUCAGGGAAGAAAAUCCCAAACAGUCACUAGAAACAAUUGAAGAUAUGCCUAAUAUGAAUGUGCAGUGUGAAGAAAGUACUAUUGAUCCAAAUGAAAAAGAAGAUAAAGAAGGAGAUGCUCUCAUUUGCAAAGAGGAAAACCAAGAGGAAUCACAUGAUUCGAUAGACUCCCAAACUUUUGUCCAAGAUGCACAUGUUGAGAGUCAGGGAAGCGAAGAAGUAAUUAGUAAACUUGAGGAACUAGAUUUAACAGAGGAAGUUGUGCCUAUCAUCCGACAACAUUCCCAGAAGGAGACAGCUGAUUCAAUAGAUAAACUGGAUUCAGUCGAAGAUUUAUCUCUCAAGAAUAAGCUCAUUAGUGAGUCUGAGGUAUUAGAUAAUCUGCAUGUCUCUGGUGAAGAUAUGUCUGAUAUGGAUGUGCAGUGUGAAGAAAGUACUAUUGAUUCAAAUGAAAAAGAAGACAAAGAGGGAGAUGCUCUCAUUUGCAAAGAGGAAUACCAAGAAGAAUCACUUGAUUCAAUAGGCUCACAAACUUGUGUCCAAGAUGCACAUGUUGAGAGUCAAGAGAGCGAAGAAUUAAUUGGUAAAUUUGAGAAACCAGAUUUAACGGAGGAAGUGGUGCCCGUCAUCCAAGAACAUUCCCAGAAGGAGACAGCUGAUUCAAUAGAUAAACUGGACUCAGUAAAAGAUUUAUCUCUCGAGAAUAAGCAAUACGAAAGGAAGAUGAGUGAGUCUGAGGUAGUAGAUAAUCCGCAUGUCUCUGGUGAUGAUAUGUCUGAUAUGGAUGUGCAGUGUGAAGAAAGUACUAUUGAUUCAAAUGAAAAAGAAGAUAAAGAGGGAGAUGCUCUCAUUUGCGAAGAGGAAUACCAAGAGGAAUCACUUGAUACAAUAGAAUCACGGGGUUUUGUUCAAGAUGCACAUGUUGAGAGUCAAGGAAGCGCAGAAGUAAUUAGUACAUUUGAGGAACUAGAUUUAACAGAGGAAGUUGUGCCCAUCAUCCAGGAACAUUCCCAGAAGGAGACAGUUGAUUCAAUAGAUAAACUGGAUUCAGUCGAAGAUUUAUCUCUCAAGAAUAAGCUCAUUAGUGAGUCUGAGGUAUUAGAUAAUCUGCUCGUCUCUGGUGAAGAUAUGUCUGACAUGGAUGUGCAGUGUGAAGAAAGUACUAUUGAUUCCAAUGAAAAAGAAGAUAAAGAGGGAGAUGCUCUCAUUUGCAAAGAGGAAUGCCAAGAGGAAUCACUUGAUUCAAUAGACUCACAGACUUUUGUCCAAGAUGCGCGUGUUGAGAGUCAAGGAAGCGCAGAAGUAAUUAGUAAAUUUGAGGAACUAGAUUUAACAGAGGAAGUUGUUUCCAUCAUCCAGGAACAUUCCCAGAAGGAGACAGCUGAUUCAGUAGAUAAACUGGAUUCAGACGAAGGUUUAUCUCUCAAGAAUAAGCAAUACCAAAGGAGGGUGAGUGAGUCUGAGGUAUUAGAUAAUCUGCAUACCUCUGGUGAAGAAUGCAAGGAGAAUACAAUUGAUUUAGAAGAGUUGGAACAAUCAGAAAAUGUACAUCUUUCCAAGGAACAGUGCCAACAGAAUAUAGUUGAUCCUGAAGAAACAAUUGGUUUAGAAAAUGUGAAUCAAUACAAACAAAGCCAGAGGGUGGAUGUCAAUGGUAAGGAAUCAGAAGAUUCCAUUAGCAAUGUUCUUAUUCUCAAGGGGCUGUGCGCAAAUGAGAUUGUUGAUCCUAAAGAUCCUGAUAAUGAAGACCCACAAACCAAGCCAAAGGAAGUUGAUGCUAAUGAAUCAGAACAUUCUAAUGGAGAUACACAUUGUUCCGAGGAGAAGUAUCAGCAGGAGACAAUUGAUAAAGCAGCAAAAGAAGAUUAUAAACAAAACCCAGAGCAAUCCCCUGAGCUAGAGGGAAUUCAUACAUACAAUUCAGAAAAUUCAAGCACACAUACACAUUGUGGCAAUGGCGAAAAGGAAAUGAAUCAAGAUAUGUCUACUACUAUUGUUUCUGAAAGUUGCAAACUUGUAGAUGCCUCAAAAGAAAUUCAGGUGCAUAAAGAAUCAACUGACAACGAAACCGAUACUGUCAUGAAAUCAGACUCAAGGGCAGUUGCUAAUAAUUCUUCAGUCACAAAAAGAGUAAAGAAUGGGUGUGAUCCACUGCAUUCUCCACAGUUGGAUUCUACAGCUGAAGAAGGCAAACUUCAUUUGGCACAGUCCCCAAGGAAUCUGACCACUAGGAUCAGGAUAAUUGUGUGUCUAUUUGCAUUUGUUGCUUUUCUCUUUCUAUUUGCAAGCAAGCUUGCCAGAAGUUCCACUUCGGAAUAUGCAAUUUGACAUUAUGGUCAACUUUGAAAAUCAGAGCAACAACCCAGAUAGAAUAUUUAUUUAUAUUUACGCCAUAGCUAGCAAUAGGUAGAUACUAGAUAUUCAUACUCUAGAAGCAGAAGACAAUAAGUUGCCCUUUAGGCCAUAGCUAGCAAUAAGUAGAUACUAGAUAUUCAUACCCUAGAAGCAGAAGAUAACUAAAUAGCACUUGGUGUUUUUGGAUGGAGAAGGCAGAGUAUGUUUUCCUAUGUACAGUUUUAAAUAAAUUUGUCAAAACCAUCUUUAACAAAGCUUUUUUACUUAAUGUUGCUCUUAGCUGGUGGAGCUAUGAGCUAUGGGCUGUUGAUGAAGACAAAAAUUUAAUCUUUGUUUCAUGUUAUCCCCACAAGCUAGCAGCAAGUAUCUCAUUAUUCAAGGCUAUGCAUUGUGGACCUUAAAAGGACCUUUCUAUCCAGUAUCUCAUUAUUUAAGGCUGUGCAUUGUGGACCUUAAAAGGACCUUUCUAUCCAAAGCUAUCACAUAUAUAAUAUUACACAGUACAGUGUAAGACAAGGACCAAGUUUGCUUAGUUAGGAUGAUCAUUUCUAUCCACAAUUUUACUGUAACUUGAUCUAGACUUUUGUGUAUGCAACUUUAUCUGUUGGGACAGCAACAAAAUCCCAACACAACCACAUAUAAAAAAAUAAUUUUUGUCUUGAACAGAUUUUAAGAACCACCAAAACUAUGUGGGCAUUCAUUUGAAAGUAAAAGCUUGGAUUGUCCCAAGGCAGUAAGGAUCUCACAACAUGUUUUAUGUGAUGUCUUGUCUUAUGCGGAAGACCUAAACUCAACUGCCAAAAGUCGUUGGAAAGCACGUGAAAUCAUUUGGUUGUCUUUCUUGCCUUGGUACUUUCUGCUCACCUUCUCAAGACAGGACAACUACUAUUUAAAUGACAAGUUCUGGAAAAUUUGGCUCUCA